CUACAGAAACGGAGAGGAAGAGAUGGACUCAAACGUUUCUACUGUGAGGACUGCGGCAAAUCCUUCACAAAAUCAUCGUCUUUAAAGAUUCAUCAGAGAGUUCACACUGGAGAGAAACCAUACAGCUGUGACCACUGCGAGAAAGCAUUCAACUCUUUGAGUAAUCUAAAAAUCCAUCGACGUGUUCACACUGGAGAGAAACUGUACAGCUGUGAGCAGUGCGAGAAAGCGUUCAACUCUUUAAACAAUCUAAAAACCCACCGACGAGUUCACACCGGAGAAAAACCGUACAACUGCGACCAAUGCACUGCAGCGUUCACACAGUUGAGUACCUUAAAAGCUCACCAGCGCAGACACACUGGAGAGAAACCCUACUGGUGUGACCAAUGUGGGAAAAGUUUUACUCAAUUGACUCAGUUGAAAAACCACCAACACAUUCACACUGGAGAGAAACCGCACAGCUGUGACCAGUGCGAGAAAGCUUACACUACAGCGUAUGAACUCAAAAGGCACCAGCUGGUUCACACUGGAGAGAAACCAUACGGCUGUGACCAGUGCGAGAAAGCUUUCACCGCAUCAAGUGACCUAAAGAAGCACCAACGCGUUCACACUGGAGAAAAACCGUACAGCUGUGACCAGUGUGAGAAAGCCUUCACAACGUCAAGUCAUCUGAAAGUCCACCAGCGCAGUCACACUGGAGAGAAACCGUACUGGUGUGCCCGCUGUGGGAAGACUUUCACUACGAUAGAUAACCUGAAAAUACACCAACAUGUUCACACCGGAGAGAAACCCUUCCGGUGUGAGCAGUGUGGCAAACGUUUUACUCAGAGUAGUUCUCUUAAAGUUCACCAACGCGUUCACGCUGCACUAGUUUGAUUCCAGAGCAAAGCUGUUGACUCCGGCCUCCCGUCCACACUCUGAUGUUUUUCUACAAACUCAAGGAAUAGACAACAAUAACUGACUACCUUCUGCCCUCCCAUGUUACAAAAUGCUCCCUUCGUCACACACUAUGUAACCAUGAUGCCAACCUUCUGCUGGAAGGAGAGGGUCAGAAACAGGCUAAACUAAAGUUUCAAUCAUGGAAACAACAGUUGGCACAAGCUUAAUUUGCUCUCCCAGUUAUCCAUAAGUGGACGUAGAAACGCUCUCAAACAUCCAUUUGAUGCUCCACUAUAAACCCUGCUCACUGUGUACAGACAUAUAUAUUCAUCUAUCUAAUCAAUAUCAAGUCAAUUUGUAUUUUUUUUUGCAGUAUUUGUAUCGUUUAUAACUUUACUUGUAUAUGUUGUUUACAGCUGGUAUUUAGACUCACUGUGAUCACAGAUCUCAUUGACCACAGAUCUUCUGUAGUGUGAACUCUAGUGAGUCCUGGUCCACACUGAAGGUCAGACCGGAUCAUAUUUGAGCUCUUUUACCUGCAGAGAUCAGCAGCAGAUGUUUGUACUGAUGGACUAGUAACCUCAAUAUUACUAGACUCCAUUACUUUAGUUACUUUAAGAUGUGGAAACAUUUCACAUCAAGUUAUUUGUUACUUAUUUCCAAUGUGUUGGUCAGACGGCGUCCAGCGUCCUCUUCUGCGUCCACUGUGAGACACUGUUACUGUCUCUGACAUUAAUGUCUGUCUGCAUCAUCUGAGAGCUCAAACAUCACAUUUACACUCACUCACAGGAAGGAAGAGUUCACCUAUAAAAUCCCACAAUGCACCACAGAGUGUCUCUCCUGCAGGCUGCUGAUAGAGACAGUAAGAGAGGACAGUGAUAAUGGACACUGACUGACUGCAGGUUACUGUCCUCUUGUGUUUAUUUAGAGCAGGAAGUGAGGUCACUGCAGACUCAUUGUGAUAGCAGCUGUAAACUGACUGUUGGUGCUUUUUAUAUAUUAUCAAUAUAUUAUCAAUAUAUUAUCAGUUCAUAUGUAUAAAUAUAUACAUUUGUAUCGAUACUUUCAUACAAAAACAUUAAUACUUGUAUUACUAAAAACGACUUUCUGCUGCCUGACUGAAAGAUCAAUCAGCUGAUAUUGAUCGAUCAUAUAGAUAUAUAAUAUUCUUCAUAACACGUUCUCAACCUUUUAAAGGUCACAACCUCCAGAAUAAUCAGGAUGGUGUUUGUGAAUUCUCGUCUGCUCGAAACUGUUCAGGGAUCAUUUACAUUUAUAAAAUGUUUUUGCAAAAUCGCAAAACCUACUUUUUCGAGCUCCAACGUUUUUUUGCAAGUUAUAAAGAAACAACUACCUGUAGUGUUCACAGGAAACAGUUUCUCACUAAAUUCUAAAUGCAGAUUAUUAAAAAGACACAGUUCAAUGCCCUCUUGUUGCAUACUGACAAAGAAUGUGUUUGCCAUGAAUUCAGUGACGGAUUACAAACUGAAAUAUUGAAGUGUUUUUCUUAAUAAAUCUGACACUGAUGGUUCUGUGCUGUAUUUUAUUUUUGUUGGCUUUUUCUUUUUCUACUAAAAAUGUCAGAAGAUACUUUAAUAUUAACUUAAAUAUUUCAGUUGGUCCCAUCGAACCCCCAGGUUGAAAGCCGCUGUCAUAUCUGUAUCAGCAUUAUGCUUGUGCUAAUAUAUUAGUGUCCGUGUAAAGUUUGUCCAGCAGUGGGCGCUGUGGUUUACAAGUUCACCAGAAAAGCUUUAUUCUUUACAGUUAUACAGUUAUAUUACAGUUUAUAAUUCCUCUGCAGUCUGAGGCAGUUUAUUCCUGUUACUGGAGCCUCGACUCUCCUGAUAUAUUAACGUGUGUAAGUUCCAAACUGUACAGCAAACACGACUAAUUGAUAUCUUUUUAUUUUACUUCAGUGAUAUCACAUGAUGCUAUUAGACGUUAUAACACAGAAAGUUUUCCACAGCAGAAAUUGUGUUCCUCACUCAGUUAAUCUGUACAUUCAGUCCUUUUAUAUUGAUCCUUACUGUGUUUAUUAAACAUAACUCUCUCUUUUUAAGCAACG